CACCUCUCGUCAAAGAUGUGGCUUUCGCAAAAUUGGUUCAUCCACUGCUUCGGAAGGUUGCCGCUCACCAAGAACCUGUCGCUUGAAGGCUUCAACCCCUGGAGCGCGUUCUCCGGGCUCUACGAGCAGGACGACAAGGGCCUCAGCAAGUACGACGGGGAUAUCCAUGGAAGCCUGUUCGCACCUCAGCUUCGGAGGCUGGAGAUCCGUGAGCUUGAUGAUUAUUGGAGAAGCUGGGAGUGGUUCACUCUGGGCAUGACCUUGGAAGACAGGAGAGACGACCAGAUUUUAAUGCUUGAGUCAAUGAAGGUUCGUGCGCCUAUGAUCGACGACUAUUUGAUGGACCGGUUGAAGGAGGUUGUCCCGAAUUUGGUGUGGGAGUCGGAAUGAGCCCGGUAUUGUUGAUUGCUAUCGUUUCGUUGUCCUUGCUAUAGUUGUGACUUCUCGUGCCGCUGUCAUUGUACCGCCAUUGUCGUGUUAUCGCAGUUGUCGUCCUUAGGGCUCGAAGUCUCAGCCUCUUUUAGACCAGUCAUAUUUAUUGUGUAGAGCUCUCAGCGUCAAUGUAUCCCGCAUCGUUAUCGAG